AGUGACUCCUAUGAGUGCCCGUUUCUUUGCCACUUGGACUUGGUCUGUCAGCAUGAUCCGUAUCUACGCUGCAUUUUAUCUCGAACACAAGUUGUGAGUAUCUUAAUGAAACGAGCGUAUGCACUAUUGAAUAUCUUGAGCGCUAAAUAAUCUAUUAAUGUAGCAUGUAUGAACUGGGUAUCUGGACUUACGUUAUUGCAUUGACGCAUUAUUGUGCCGAAUUGUUUGUCUUUAAAGGGUGCAAACUCAACGGUCCGUUCUUGUCCCCCUUCUGCGUGGCCACCACCUCACUUAUCUGGAUGAUCAGCCAAUAUGACUACUAUGUAAAAUACGCUUGAAACAUUUAAUACAGUACAAAUCAUUAAUCGUCGAAUUACUACUAUCAAUGGAACAUCCGAAAUUUCAGAUUCGCGUUUUGGCGUCUUAUAAGGCUAUCCAAGGCCAAUUUAGGCGUCAAAAAGCAUAAAGAAGUAUCAAAGGGAAUUUUGGACUUUAGGAUGAAGGGAUGGAAAGAUUGAUAGCCUGUUAUCUAUUUUUAUCGAACUGGAAGCGGUCAAGAAAGUGAACAGCGAGGGGAGUGAAGAUAAAGGCAAGAAAGGCCCAGCAAAAACGCAAAUGGACGGAAUGGAUGACAGGUCGUAAGAUACUUGGAGUCUAUGACACAAUUGAGGGACGUCUUCGCAACCUAUAUCACGGAUAGUGAGUGCAGUAGUAGACAACUGAUUGCUGAAAAAUAUGAG